AUGCCUGGUGUUCCGCUCAGAUACCCCUGGCGCGGUAGCCUGACGUGGCCACUGAAAGGUGACCCGCGCCGCUACAGCACCUUCCCGCCCUACAGAGAUGGCCACCCUCUCGAGGGAAUUGGAGGUAAAGUGGUCGACUGCACCAAAGCCUUUUUUGUGAAGCUAUUUUGCAUCGUGCGCUUGCUUCUUUGGAACUUCCCAGCCGGCUUGAUCAUUGGCACGGUUGCCGGCAUCUUCGUCUGUAGGAAUGGUCACAUCAAGGUCUUGGAACCUGGCCUCGGGAGAGAUCACGUCCAGGUCUCAGAAGCGCAUGGCGGUGGAUACGUCGUCGAUAUUCUGGGAGUGGGCCACCUAGAAUGCCUGCUGAUCUGCCGGGCCGACCUCGGGGUGCGUGGCCAACUCUGGUGGAACCGGUCAGAUCCGCAACCAGGCCCAGAUUUGGCCAGCGAACAGCACUCCUGUCAUGACUUCCACGCUCUUCAGGGCCUUAUCGAGCGGCGGCAGAUCCCUCAGCAGAUCCCUGCGGGCUAUUACCUUCAGCCACGUCCCUACCAGAUUCUCGACACCGAACCGUGGAGCUAA